GCUGGCCACGGUGACCUCCCCCACGACCCUAAAUAGCAACGCAGCGGGGGCAGCCAGAGAAGAACCCCAACCUGGGACGCUUCCCACGCUUGCAAAGGGCAUCACCACCUUACAUGAAGAUUUUGAGCCUUUCUCUGUCUUUGGCACCCAUGUAGCUGUGCCGGUCCCUGCGGUGGGCAGCCCAACUGGAUCACAGCCCGCAUUUGCCACCACGUCCAUCCCUCCUGCCUCUGCCACCAGCCCAGAGCCAAGCACCAUGGACAAAAUCAGCCCCUCACCAGCUCCGCUCGUGUCAGCAGCAUCUGGAAAUGGAGUGGUCAAAACGGGGCUUGCAGAAAGUAUCACCCCAGCAGCUCACACCACCACAGCCAUGUCACCACGCAGCAUGCCGUCCAUCCCACCCACGAGCCCAGUGAGACCAGCCCAGGUGACUACGACACGUGUCAGCUCAGCCGAGGAGGUGGGAAACCUCCUGGGUGGCACCACCACGGCACUGGGGAAACCACCUGCAGCCACCAGCCCCACUAUCACUGCAGCUCCUGCCUUUGGGACGUGGAAAGGACCAGCCACGGCACCAAGGGCUUCUGCUCACACCAUCUCUAGCCACAGAAAUCACAUGCUUACACCCUUGCCUGAGCUCCGACCCACCCUAGGGCUUAGCAUUCCAGCUGUGUCACUAUACCCAUACGGUGCGGAGGGAAAUGACAGAGAAUACGUUGAAAGGAAGGUGGAUUUUAAUUCCCCGCUGUUCAAACCAGAGAUCGGAUUCCCUUUUGGGAAAACACUACAUGACUCUCUCUACUUUACAGAUAAUGGACAAAUCAUUUUCCCACCUACGGACAACUAUGUCCCCUCCAACCCUAACCCGCCUCCUCAGGGCUUCAGUGGCCAUGAGAGUUUGCCAACGUUGGCUGCAUUUUGGGACGACGCCGAUUUUUCCCGGGGUGUUGGCACCACAUGGUACCAGGAAUACCUCACCCUCAGCUCUCCCCAAAACCCCCUUAUCCGUGACGUGGAAGCGAAGAUUGAGAGAUACAUGAAAACCUCCUACACAGCAAAAUGGACCCUGAAGGUGACAUGGGAGGAGGCUCCAGCGUACCCAUCCCAGCGGGACGAUGCUCGGACAAACACGUACCAGGCGGUCCUCACCACUGAUGGGAACCAAGCCUUCGCCCUGUUCCUGUACCAAGACGGUGGCAUGCAGUGGGACUACACCAAGCUCGCAGCGAGGAACGUGCUCAUCGGCUUCUCCAGUGGCGACGGAUAUGCCCAAAAUAAUGAGCUGACUCAAAAGCCACCGGCUGUUAAAUACCGGCCCGAUCAGUACAGAGGCUACGACACUGAUCUGCGUGGGCUCUGGAUCUACAAGCUGGACAGUCAUCCCCGGGUGAACUACAGGCUGCGCUGCCUCGUGUGGCUGGCAGCACAGCCGGAGCCGGCCAGCUGGAACAGAGAGCUGCCACCCUGCCCCUGCUCGCAGCCCCAGGCAGAGCUGGACCCCCGCUACCGGUGGAGCAGAGGCCUGGCAGAUGCCUCCGUGACCAUGCUGCGCACCUCAUCCCCAAGCCAGGCUGGAGCUGGGGUCCGGUGUCUCUACCGGAAUGAGAGUUUGCUCGAAGGCUGGCAGGAGAGAGACUGGAGCCUUCCCCUCCAUCCCACCACUGAUGGGGAGCUGGAGGCCUUUGACUGGUGUUGCCGGCGAGUGGGGAAACCCAUGUUCUGCGCCAGGUUUACCGAGAAGAGACCAAGGGCCAGCUGUGAGGGAUACAUGCCACCCACCCUUGCCAGCGCCUUUGGGGACCCCCACAUCACCACCCUGGAUGGGCUCACCUACACCUUCAACGGGCUCGGCGACUUUGUCCUCCUGCUGGCCAGCGAUGCUCAGACCAGUUUUGUCCUGCAAGGGCGCACGGCCAGGACUGGCACAGCCCUGGCCACCAAUUUUGUGGCUUUUGCUGCCCGAUACAUUUCCACUAUCACCACAACGGUUGAGUGGACCCUGGGGAGCCAAGGUGACAUCUCUGUCCUGCUAAAAAAUGAUUACAAGACUAUCCAGUUUUCCUACUCCAGAGACAUGGAUGCCGAGGUGUAUUACAGCCCUGGCAUCCUGGUGGUCAACGCCUCCUCCAUCACAGCCAUCUUUGACGGGGCCAUCACCGUCUCCAUCUCAGCCACCUCUGGGAUCCUCAGCGUGGUCUGCAGCCUGCCCGAUGGGUACCUCAACAGGACCAAGGGCCUGCUGGGUGUAUGGAACCACAACCCUGCAGAUGACUUCCAGAUGCCGAAUGGCACCAGCAUCCCCACUAACAGCAGCGAGGAGGAAAUCUUCAGCUAUGGGAUGACCUGGGCUGUUGGAGAGUAUAGCCUGUUUGCCGAGUCCCCUGCAGCUCCAGUAAUGAACUUCAUGCCUGUCUUCUUGUCUCGGCUGCGGCAGGAAAAUGAAAGCCAGUACCAGCUGGCAGCCGCAUGGUGCCGCGGGAGCAGGGAGUGCAUCUAUGAUGCACUGAGUACGGGGGACAUGGCCCUGGGCCUGGCCACCCAGAGCCUGGCAGCCAAUUUCCAGCAGAAGAAGACAACACUAAAUGCUUUCCCUCCCAUCAUCACCGGUGAUGCUUCACUCACAGCCUACAGGAUGGAAAGGGUGACAAGGCAGUACCAAGCGGACAGGGCAGGCACGCGGUUCAUCCCCCAUGUCUCCCCCGAGCUCAACAUAACAGAGAACGGCACCCUCACGUGGGAACCCACCGGCAGAGCGCCAUUCACAGUCAGCCUGGAGGCCAUCGGGGCCAACAACCUCUCCGCCAUCCUCCUCUCACAGCCUGCAGGUGUGAUGAUGGCUACUCAGGUCCCUUCUGCCAGGAGCUGUGGCCCCUGCCCUGCCGGCCUGACCGGCGACGGGACGCACUGCGCAGAUAUUGAUGAGUGCACGUGGGGGACAGCAUGCCCGGGGAACACCACCUGCACCAACACCGUGGGCAGCUACGUGUGCACCUGCGCUCCCGGUGAGGCAGCAACGGGGGACGCUGCCACCUGGACCCUGCCACUUGCCUGCCUACAGGGGCACUGCCUGGUGGCAGGCGGCGAUUUUCAGCCCCCGGCUAGCCCAGAUCUGCCCCGGAGGAGCGUGCGGCUGCGGAUCCGGACACUGCAAAAUGCCACCACUGGGGAAGUCAAUGGCACUGUCGCGGCCGUCCUGGCAUCCCUGGAGGUGAAAGCUUUCCAGAGCAACAGCAACAUCACCCUCACGGACAUCAGUGGUGGCUUCACUUUCACGGUGGUGUCCGAAUUUGCCUAUGACAGCACCAGCUUCGUGAUCCAGUUCCUGAACGAGGAGCUGAGGGAGGCCAUCACCAGCGCCUUCAAUGGGCUGCCCAAGCGAGGGCGGCGGGCAGUGGGAGCACGCAUCGCCUUCGAGCGCCUGCACAGGGACAAUGUCACUGACCUGGUGAAGCUGACGGUGUAUGAGCUGAGGCGCUAUUUCCCCUGCGGCCUCUCCGGCUAUGAAGGCUACCAGCUGGACUACACAGCCAGUGCCGGCUUCCUCUGCGUGUCCCCUUGCAACAUGGGCUACUGCCAGCACGGUGGCCAGUGCCAGCACCUGCCAGAUGGGCCCACGUGCAGCUGCAUCCCCUUCUCCAUCUUCUCCCCCACCGGCAAGCAGUGUGACCGGCUCACCGUCAGCCUCGGAGCCUUUGUCGGCAUCUUGGUGGGGGCACUGGCUCUGCUGUCCCUCCUGCUCGCUUCCGCCUGCCUGGUGGCACGGCUCUGCCGCCGGCACAAGGACACCGAGGGGGCCAAGGAGUCCUUCUGGAGAGCACGGCCAUUCUCCUCUCUCACCAAGGCAGAAGAUGGAGCAGAGCCCAUCUCCGCCGACGUCUCCAAACGGUGCUGGGUACCGCAGCUCCAAGCCAUUGACCCAUCAGUUCAGAUAAGGCUCACGAGACCCCACGUUAGGCCUCCAAGCCAACCAGUUCAACGACAGUAGCGUGCUGCAGGCUCUCCAAGGCAGCCAACCGCUGAGGUUCCUGCUCUGAUGCCUCCAGCUGCUUGUGGAGAGCAAGCUGCCUGCUGGUUUGGACAAUGUUAGCAUCAUGGAUGCCGCUGCCACGUCAUUCUGCUCUUGAGAUUUCGAACAACGUUAUGUGUGUGGAGCAGGGAACAAGCGUCUGUCUUUUGGGUUCUGGUCACAGGAAGGUCACUUUUGGGGACAGUUUAUCUGGGGGUGAUGGUUAUGCAAGGAAAUGCCUUUGCUACAGUUCACUCUGGAGGAGAUGCUACUUUUGAAUGAAAAAUGUAUUGUUAGGGUGGAUCAUCAGAGCGAGAGAACGCCCUCUUCCACUAAAGACAGGCAGGGUAGUCCUUGAAUGUGUGAGUAAGGACGUAGUCCCUUGUGAGAUGUAACUGGACCCAGCACAGCCCUCUGAGAGCAGUCAGGUGGGACAAUGCAGUGAUUA